GAUGAAAACUUGUCGGACAGCUUCGUGUCCUCCGGUCGUGACGUCACAUCGAGCCCAGAACAACAAUCCCAGUAAAAUGGAGGUCCUAACCACCGCAGAAGAACUCGUCAACGAGGCGGUCGGCACAAAAACAAUCCGCAGAUACCUGAACGCCAUCGCACGUGUUCUGAUCGUGCUGGCUUUCAUGGACGAUAUCUACAACCAACAGUACAGCUGGUGGUCUAAUGUACACUACUUCGCACAGAUUUGGGGCCUGUCCAGAGCGUUAGUCGGUCCUAUACUCGGCCUGUUAGUGACUGCUGAGUUUUUUGGAACGUUGCUGAUUCUAACCCAGCAGAGAUUUGAGGUCGGAUGUGGGGCCCUGGUUUGUGGGACGGUUUUUCAGGUGAGCUUUUCCCGAUCAAUUGUUCUCGUUUGUUCCAGUUAA